GCUUGUCUCAUGGCAACAAAGACACAAGCUAUCUUCUCCCUUUUCCGCAGCCAAAACCCAAGUUUUUUUCUUGCCUUUGUUUUUUCUGUAGUCUCCAAUGGAUCAGCAGAAGACAACCCCUGGGGCUCUUCAGGCACCAAUGACCGGAUCCAUCAACAAUCCUGCUGGUGCUGCUCAGGCACUUAUUAGCAAUCCUGGUGCCGCUGCUCAGGCACUCCUCAACAACCCUGGUGUUGGUCAGCAGCUCAUCAUCAAUCCUCUUUCUGAUCAGGCUGUCAUUAGCGAUCCUGUUUCUGGUCAGCCACACAUCAGUACUCCUGGUGCUAAUCAGGCAUUCAUCAACAAACCUAGUACUGCUCAGGCACUGAUGAAGAGUCCUAGUGCUAGUCAUGCACUUAUCCGAGGUGACCGUGGGGGCAUGUUAAGCAUGUCAGAUGACAAAGCAAUGAUGCAGCAAAUUUUGACAACCCAUGCCCCUGAUGGCCGAGAAGUUGAUGUUAGACCUCUUCUCUAUCUGGUUGAGGACAUACUCAAUCGCUCCACCCAGCAUGUUGAUUUCAUUGUCAAGGGUGCUCUAUCCCAAAUUGAAAUGGAAGAAAAAGUACAACAAGCAAAUUAUAUAGCUAUGCUUCAAGCUCUUACAUAUAUCAUCGAUCGAAUUGCAUGCGAGCUAUCAUACAAGGCUUUCGGAGGUUCAGAUGCACACGCAACAACAACUGCUAUAUUCAACUUGCUAUCAAGCUAUACAUGGGAUGCUAAGCUAGUGCUGUCCCUAGCAGCCUUUGCCUUGAACUAUGGAGAAUUCUGGCUUCUUGCUCAGAUUUACUCGACAAACCAACUUGCCAAGUCAAUGGCAAUCCUGAGGCAACUGCCAUCACUCCUGGAGCACACAGCUCCUCUGAAACCCCGGUUUGAUGCUCUCAACAAUUUGAUUCGGACAAUGAUUGAUGUGACUAGGUGUGUUGUUGAGUUCAAGGAGCUUCCAUCAAUGUACAUUUCACAGGACUCACCGGCAUUGGCCACUGCCAUGACCCAUAUCCCAACUGCUGUCUACUGGACCAUCAGGAGCAUGGUGGCUUGUGCAACACAAAUUUCCAGCCUUACGACCAUGGGUCAUGAGUAUGGAAUAUCAACCACGGAGUCUUGGGAGUUGUCCACUUUGGCUCACAAACUCAAAAACAUAUAUGAACAUCUAAGGCAGCAAAUGAAUUUUUGCUACCAAUUUAUAGAGGAAAGGAGAGAUGCUGAAACUUACCAGAUGCUUCUGAAUCUCUUUGACCCGAACGUGAUGCACAUUGACAAUAUGAAAAUUCUAAGGGCCUUGAUUUCUGCCAGGGAUGAUAAACUGCCCCUUCUUGAAGGUGCUACAAAGAGACAGGUUGGCCUGGAAGUGCUGAGAAAGAAAAUUGUGCUCUUGCUCGUUUCAAGCCUGGAAUUCUCCAGUGAUGAGCUUGCAAUUCUUGAGCAGAUAUAUAAUGACUCCAGGGUCCAUUCCACAAGGCUAGAGAGUCAGUAUGAGGUUGUAUGGAUCCCAAUUGUGGACCGUUCAAUCAUCCCAUUGCCAGAUGAAAAACGUACCAAAUUUGAGACCCUACGAAGCACCAUGCCAUGGUAUUCAGUGCAGGACCCUUUGCUCAUAGAGAAGCCAGUGAUCAGGUUCAUCAAGGAAGUUUGGCACUUCAGAACCAAGCCAAUCCUUGUGGUGCUAGACCCUCAAGGGAAAGUGGUUUCCCCUAAUGCAAUCCACAUGAUGUGGAUUUGGGGAAGCACUGCAUUCCCCUUCACUAGUUUGAGAGAAGAAGCUCUCUGGAGGGAAGAGACAUGGAGGCUUGAUCUUCUGGUUGAUGACAUUGACCAAAUGAUCCUGAAUUGGAUUAAAGACGGUAAAUACAUUUUCUUGUAUGGAGGGGACGAUAUUGAGUGGGUGAGAAGAUUUGUAGCCGCCGCACGCAGUGUUGCAUCUGCAUCUCGCAUUCCUCUAGAGAUGGUCUACGUGGGGAAAAGCAGCAAAAGGGAGCAAGUCAAGAAAGUGAUAGGAAUUAUCACUGUGGAGAAGCUUAGCUAUGCUUGGCUAGAUAUGGCCAUGGUUUGGUUCUUCUGGACCAGGUUAGAGAGUAUGUUAUUUUCCAAGAUUCAGUUAGGCAGGGCUGAUGACCAGGAACCAAUGAUGCAACAAAUCAAGAAGCUGCUUAGCUAUGACAGAGAAGGUGGGUGGGCAGUGCUUAGCAGAGGGUCUAAUAUAGUGGUGAAUGGCCAUUCCACCACAGUUUUGCCUGCUUUGGGUGGCUAUGAUGAAUGGAAGGUAAAUGUGACUGAAAAAGGUUUUGAUUUGGCAUUCAAGGAGUACCAUGACAAGCUUCAUGGCGUUGCUCACCCUUGCUGCCGGUUUGAGUUCCCGACUACCACAAGGAUCCCAGAGAACAUGAGAUGCCCUGAGUGCCACCGCAUCAUGGAGAAAUACGCCACUUUCCUCUGCUGCCAUGACGAGCAAGGCAUUCCAGGCUCACUGUUUUAAGCUACGAUCAGGCCUUCAUCACUGUUUUUCCUACUAUUAUUGCCACUAAAUAAUGAUGUCCUAUGGGAGUCAAAAUCUAAAAUUUUCUUCUAAAUUUUCACUUGGCUUGUUAAGGUUUGUGUUUUACAUGUAAUGCUAAUGGCCACUAUGUGGCCUAAAUUGGCAACCUAUAUAAUUUCCACUUUGUUGUCAAGCAUAUGAUAUUAUAAAAAGCAGACUUUACUUGAGUGUGAUAGUUUGGAAACUCCUUUUCAUUGCUUUUUCAUUCUCCAUUUCCUUUGAAGAAUCAUACCUUUUCUUGGUUUAAGGUCACAUGAAGUGAGCCAACUAAACAAAAGAUCCUAAUUUCAAAGAUGUAAAAUUACCCCAUCAGACACUGGUGCCAAGAGCCCCUAUGGCUCAGUGGUAGAGCGUCAGUCUUGUAAACUAAAGGUCUGUAGUUCGAUCCUGCAUGAGGGCAACAACUUUGCCCAUAUAUAUAUAAAUUAUUAUUAUUAUUUCUGUUUUCUGCCA